ACCAUGUGAUGCCCUGUGCCGCCUUGGGAUGCUGCAGAGAGUUCCCAGCAGCAAGAAGGUUCUCAUGAGAUGCCCCCUUGACCUUGGGCUUCCCGGCCUCCACAACUAACCCGAAAUUUUUACUGAGCACAUAUAGCCAAAAGAUGACAUUGCCCAGCCUCCUUUGCAGAUGGCUGUGGCUAUUCCAGGAUCCCAGAAAAUGGCAGCCACACAUGAAGGUCUCUGAAGCAGAACUGCCCUGGAUCUUUACUGUGGUGGUGCCCUCUCGGACUUUCUCCUGCCCUUCUGUCUCUGGCCUCUCAUUUUCCCCCGAGGCUAGCCAUGGAAACUAGAAUUCCUCUUCCCCAAGCGAUUUUCAGUGAAACUUCAGAGGACAAAGGGGAAGUUUUCAUUGGCCCGUCCAGUUUUAGUGCUGUGAACAGGAUACCAAAGCUGCUCUGCUCUUCUGGAAGCUGCAAUGAAGGGAACCAAGGACCUGACAAGCCAGCAGAAGGAGUCUAACGUGAAGACAUUUUGCUCCAAGAAUAUCCUAGCCAUCCUUGGCUUCUCCUCUAUCAUAGCUGUGAUAGCUUUGCUUGCUGUGGGACUGACUCAGAACAAAGCAUUGCCAGAAAACAUUAAGUAUGGGAUUGUGCUGGAUGCGGGUUCUUCUCACACAAGUUUAUACAUCUAUAAGUGGCCAGCAGAAAAGGAAAAUGACACAGGGGUGGUGCAUCAAGUAGAAGAAUGCAGGGUUAAAGGUCCUGGAAUCUCAAAAUAUGUUCAGAAAGUAAAUGAAAUAGGCAUUUACCUGACUGAUUGCAUGGAAAGAGCUAGGGAAGUGAUUCCAAGGUCCCAGCACCAAGAGACACCCGUUUACCUGGGAGCCACGGCAGGCAUGCGGUUGCUCAGGAUGGAAAGUGAAGAGUUGGCAGACAGGGUUCUGGAUGUGGUGGAGAGGAGCCUCAGCAACUACCCCUUUGACUUCCAGGGUGCCAGGAUCAUUACCGGCCAAGAGGAAGGUGCCUAUGGCUGGAUCACUAUCAACUAUCUGCUGGGCAAAUUCAGUCAGAAAACGAGGUGGUUCAGCAUAGUCCCGUAUGAAACCAAUAAUCAGGAAACCUUUGGAGCUUUGGACCUUGGGGGAGCCUCUACACAAAUCACUUUUGUACCCCAAAACCAGACUACUGAGUCCCCAGAUAAUGCUCUGCAAUUUCGCCUCUAUGGCAAGGACUACAAUGUCUACACACAUAGCUUCUUGUGCUAUGGGAAGGAUCAGGCACUCUGGCAGAAACUGGCCAAGGACAUUCAGGUUGCAAGUAACGAAAUUCUCAGGGACCCAUGCUUUCAUCCCGGAUAUAAGAAGGUAGUGAACGUAAGUGACCUUUACAAGACCCCCUGCACCAAGAGAUUUGAGAUGACUCUUCCAUUCCAGCAGUUUGAAAUCCAGGGUAUUGGAAACUAUCAACAAUGCCAUCAAAGCGUCCUGGAGCUCUUCAACACCAGUUACUGCCCUUACUCCCAGUGUGCCUUCAAUGGGAUUUUCUUGCCACCACUCCAGGGGGAUUUUGGGGCAUUUUCAGCUUUUUACUUUGUGAUGAAUUUUUUAAACUUGACAUCAGAGAAAGUCUCUCAGGAAAAGGUGACUGAGAUGAUGAAAAAGUUCUGCUCUCAGCCUUGGGAGGAGAUAAAAACAUCUUACGCUGGAGUAAAGGAGAAGUACCUGAGUGAAUACUGCUUUUCUGGUACCUACAUUCUCUCCCUCCUUCUGCAAGGCUAUCAUUUCACAGCUGAUUCCUGGGAGCACAUCCAUUUCAUUGGCAAGAUCCAGGGCAGCGACGCCGGCUGGACUUUGGGCUACAUGCUGAACCUGACCAACAUGAUCCCAGCUGAGCAACCAUUGUCCACACCUCUCUCCCACUCCACCUAUGUCUUCCUCAUGGUUCUGUUCUCCCUGGUCCUUGUCAUAGUGGCCAUCAUAGGCUUGCUCAUCUUUCACAAGCCUUCGUAUUUCUGGAAAGAUAUGGUAUAGCAAGAGCAGCUGAAAUAUGCUGGCUGGAGUGAGGAAAAAAAUUGUCCAGGGAGCAUUUUCCUCCAUCGCAGUGUUCAAGGCCCUCCUUUCCUGUUUGCCAGGGCCAGUCUUGACCAGUGUGAAGCUUCCUUGGCUUUUACUGAAGCCUUUCUUUUGGAGGUAUUCAACAUCCUCUGCCUCAAGGACUUCCGGCAGACACUGUCUCUUUCAUGAGUUUUUCCCAGCUACCCCUUUCUCCUUUGUACUUUGUGCUUGUGUAGGUUUUAAAGACCUGACACCUUUCAUAAUCUUUGCUUUAUAAAAGAACAAUAUUGACUUUGUCUAGAAGAACUGAGAGUCCUGAGUCCUGUGAUGGGAGGCUGAGCUGGCUGAAAGAAGAAUCUCAGGAACUGGUUCAGUUGUACUCUUUAAGAACCCCUUUCUCUUUCCUGUUUGCCAUCCAUUGAGAAAGCCAUACAAUGCCUUUGAAGAAGGCAGACACACAUUCCACUCCCAGCCUGCCCUGUGGGUAGGAGAAUUUUCUACAGUGGGCAAAUAUGUGCUAAAGCCAAAGAGUUUUUUAAGAAAUAUAUGUGCUCAUGCAGUAAAUACAGUUCUCAAUCCCACCCAAAGCAGGGAUGUCAAUAAAUCACAUUCCUAGGUGAUACCCAAAUGCUACAGAGUGGAAUACUCAGACCAGAGACUUGCGAAAAGCGGAUGUACAUAUAUGCAUUCAAACAUCAGGGCUUACUAUGUGGUAGGUGGUAUACACAUAUCACAAAGAAAAAUACAGUUACAACUCAGGGUCACAAAAAAUGCAUCUUCCAACGCAUAUUUUUAUUAUGGUAAAAUAUACAUAAAUACAAUUCACCAUUUUAACAUUUAAUUCAUAUUAAAUACAUACAAAUCAGUGACAUUUAGUACAUUCACAGUGUUGUGCCACCAUCACCACUAUUUAGUUCCAGAACAUUUGCAUCAACAAGAAAUUGUCUAGAGACAAGACUAUCCUGGGUAGGCAGAAACCAUAGAUCUUUCUGUUUACAGCUGUGGAAACCAACUGUACCAUAAAGAUAGUUCGCUGAGUUUUAAAGCCAAGCCACAUCUUAUUUUUCCGAGGUUUAAUUUAGUGAGAGGGCAGCAUUAGUGUGGAGUGGCAUGCUUUUGCCCUAUCAUGGAAUUUACACAUCAGAAUGUGCAGGAACCAAGUCUGGAAGUGUUGCCACCCCGUCACAAAACAUGGGCUUUGUUUGCUUAUUCCAUGAAGCAGCAGCUAUGGACUUUACCAUAGAAACAUGAAGAGACCCUGUACUCCUUUCCUUAAGGAUUGUUGCAAGAGUUACCUGUUGAGCAGGAUUGACUGGUGAUGUUUCAUUCUGACCUUGUGCCAAGCUCUCCAUCUCUAGAUCUGGGGACUGACUGUUGAGCUCAUGGGGAAAGAAAAGCUCCCACACAAACCAGAAGCCAAAUGUCCCUAUAUCUCUUGAAUGAUCAAGUCACUUUUGACAACAGCCAGCUGAAUAUAAAAACUUAAUAAAGCUGUGGAAAGGAACUCUU